AUGGAUCUCGGACGUAUGGAAGAUGCAGAAAAAGUAUACCGCCAACUUAUUGACCGAAAUCCAGAAAACAUUGCUUAUUACGAUAAAUUGGAGAUUUGUCUUGGGCUCGGAGAAGGAGCUCCUAUUUCUGAACGUGUAUCAAUGUACGACAGUUUUGCUGAACGACAUAAGCGAGCGGCAGCUCCACGGCGUCAGCCUUUGUAUCUUUUGGAGGGUCUAGAGUUGAGCCGCCGUCUCACGACGUGGAUAGUCAAGCGACUCGAAAGGCGUACCAAGUCUCUUCAAAGAACUGUAGGUUCCUCUGCUAUGACACAGCACAAGGUCGCUAUUAUUGAACAGUUGUUAUUGGAUUAUGUCAAAAAAGUUGAGAAUAAUGGUUACAGAGGUGGCUCAUUCCAUGGUGACGAAGAAGAAAUGGAGUCUCCAACUUCCGCACUUUGGCUGUACCUACUGAUUGCUCAACAUUUCGAUCGUGUGGGAAAUAUCCCGCACGCUGGUGACUAUUCCGAGGCUGCUAGGCUUAUGGAUGAAGCCCAGUCAUUAGAUACUGCAGAUCGAUAUAUCAACAGUAAAUGUGCAAAAUAUCUUCUGCGUGCAGGACAAAGGGAACGUGCUGAGAAGAUGUGCGCGAAAUUUACCAGGGAAGGUGACAGGGCGUCAACAACUUUGAAUGAAAUGCAAUGUAUGUGGUACGAAUUGGAAUGCGCAAGGUGUUUCCUUGCAGAAGGUCGAUACGGUGAUGCAUUGAAGAAAGCACAUCAGAUAGAACAGCACUUCGUGGGCAUGAUCGAAGAUCAGUAUGACUUCCAUACUUAUUGUCUGCGAAAGGUGACGCUGUGUUCGUAUGUACAGCUGCUUCGUCUUGAGGAUGUUCUCCGUACUCACGAUUUCUACUAUCAAGCUGCUAAAAUUGCUGCUAGGAUUUACUUGCGGAUGGUAGAUCGUCCACAAGAUUUCACGGGUGCUGGUCCGGUAGCAGACGGUCUUACCGCCGCGGAACUGAAGAAACUGAAAAAGCAACAAAAGAAGCAACAAGAGAAAGAGCAAGAGCAAAAGAAGAACACUGGGAAGAAGGAUGAAUACACUAAUCCGGCUAUGCAGUUCGACGCAGAAGCGCUGGUAAAAACACAGAAGCCAUUGGACGACGCUGCUAAAUUUAUUCAGCAUUUGCACAUGCUUGGAAGUAAACACGUCACUGCGUACAAUCUAGGAUUUGAAGUGUAUCACAGAAAGCAGAAGCCGUUGCUCAUGCUCAAAUGUUUGAAGAAGGCUGCUGAUUUGGACGGAAACGAUCCAUAUCUUCACGUAUGCCGCAUCAAAUUUUUGAAAUACGAGGAAACGGCGACCUUCAGUGGGGUCGUCGGUGAUCUGGUAAAGGAAACUUCGUCUCAGCUUUUUCCAAUUAACGAUCCAGCGGUACUCAAUGAGAAUUUCAAGAACGACAACGUGAACAGCUUGCGUCACCGUUUAGCAGUGGCUGAGUGUAACAUAAUCCUUGAUCCCGGAAGCGAGUCAACCACGAAGAAUUGGAUAAUGAAGUCGCUGGAGGAUGAAAAACUUACUGGCCGAACGCUGAAGACAGUAGUCGGCCUUUACAACGGAAUUCAGUAUGGAAGAUUCGAUCUCUUAAUGACCGUAGAGUCAGAGUCGGAAUACGAAGACCAUGAUGAGCAUGAAAACGGUAGACGAACACCACCACUGCAUAAUGAUUGUGAUUUCUAUGGGAUCUACGAAUCGAAGGAGCAAGAAGCGCGUCGUCUCAAACAGGAAACUAUUUCUGAGAUUGAGAUUCUGCGCCAAAUUUCUGAUCAUCCAUCAAUAAUUACUAUACACGACUUCCACUCAACUCCAUCGUUCCUUUUCGUUGUUUUCGAGAUGGCUCCAAAAGGAGAACUAUUUGAUCAACUCAACAGUACAGCUCGCCGUCUGAUGCGUCAGCUAUUUGACGGUGUAGCAUACAUGCAUAGUAGAAAUAUCGUACACCGCGACUUAAAACUCGAGAACAUUUUGUGCAUUGACGAUGAAAGAAUAGUGAUCUCCGACUUUGGCUUCGCAACAAGACUCAAGGAAAACGAAACUCUGAGAGAACUGUGUGGAACCCCUGGCUAUCUUUCUCCAGAAAUACUGAGGUGCCAGAUGUACGAAGAUGCUCCAGGAUAUUCGUAUCCUGUUGACGAAUGGGCUCUCGGAGUAAUCAUGUAUACCUUACUUGCUGGUUACGCGCCAUUUUACCAUCGAAGUUAA